AAGAAGAACUUGGAGCCCAAAGUGGGAGUCACUAGAGGAUGUACCCUUCGCCUCUGCCAGGUUCUGAGUGCCUUAGGGCAAGUCCUUUGUCUUCUGUUCGCUGCCAAGUCCCCAGCACCAGCUUAUGGCAGACACCAGGCAAGGCCCAGUAACCAAACAGCUAUUCAAUAAAUGAGGGAAGGAAACAAAGCAAGUCCCUCCAAGUCAUCUUAAAGAGAAUCAGAUCCUGUCUGGUGCGUUAGCUGGGCUCAGCUCCCCUUAGAUGCAGGAGCCCUUCAUUGACAGCCAGCAUGUCAUCCACAAGUACUUCCUACCUCGAGCUUAUGCCAUUGCCAUCCCAUUGGCUGCUGGCCUCCUGCUGCUCCUCUUUGUGGGCAUGUUUAUCACCUAUGUGGUGCUGAAGAAUCAGAAGGUGACUAAAAAGUCUCAAUGAAGGCCCCGUGAGGAAGAGGCUGCCAGCCCCUUCCCAGCCUCCCCAGCCAGGCAGGGACUAAUGUUGGGCACCCACCAGAUUCACCCAGGCACUACAGCCCCCUCUAGCCCUGGCUGCCCUACAACAUCCCUAUUGGAUGGAGUGUUGGGGGACUUAUCAGACUGACCAGACCCCAGCCUUCCUUGCUUACCUUCCAGGAGAUAGAAAGGAGAAAUACCCGGAAGUCUUCCUCUCACCCCUUUUUGGCUCAAGACUUAGAAGAUGCUCGUCCUCUUCGCCUUGCCUUCAGACUCACAGUCACUUUUUCUUCUGGGUCCUGCCCUCUCACCUCCCUUUCCUUCUGCCACAUGGUGAUGUUGGACUUGGCAGGAACUCUUGACCUCUUCCCACGUGUCCCAUUCAUUUGUGAAGGCAGCUUUCUUGGGUCUGACAUAGCCCGCACUACACAAGGAUUUCUGUACCUGGAACCCCUGGGACAAGGAAUGAAAGGACCCCAGGACCACUGCCAGGCCUUAGGGCAUAUUAGGGGGCCAGCCCCCCAGCCCUAGCCGGUCUACUGGAGAGAGAUGAACAAUAAAUGUUAAUGGGGUCU